ACUAUUGUCCAAUCUGUCUGCACGAGGGAAUGUCGCUCUGGCUGUCAUCCUUCCCUCGAGCUGUCAGUUGACAGUACAACACCGAACCGAAAGUAUCGUAGGAAAGAACACAGUUUUGAUAAAACGUAGAUUUUAGAUUUCUCCUCUUUGGCACUGGAACGGUUGGGCCACUGUCACAUUUCGAGGCUGACCAACAAACGCGUAGGAGGGAGAAAAACCAAAAGGACUGAAUAGCUAGCUAGUUGCUAGUUAGCAAGCUAACGACCGUUAGCUUUGGCCAGUGCUGCCACUGCUCUGCUAAAGCGUUAGGUAGGAGUGUGCAGUACCAGUAGGCAGGCGAGCUGCGUUGGCAUUUUAGUGUAGUUGGCUGGGGGAAUUAUUGCUAAGGCUGCAUGAACAUUUUUAUUUUAUUUGAUCAUUGCGGUGUUAGCUUCCUAAAUGUUUUGCCUGAAUGCGUCCAGUCAGUUGCUUGGUUAGCCAGACAGCAAUGCUAAGUGACGACGUCGACUCAGUGAGGCUGUCGUGUUGGGGGAGAGGAGUUUGAGGAAGGAAGAGGUGACUUACGAUGUUGGGUUAAUGAGCUAGUGGUGCGUUAGCUGACAGUGAAGGAAAUAACGUUAAAAUUUUACAAUACAUUAUCAACGACCGUCAUUUCGUUAACCAGCUAACUAAAAGCUAAUGCAAAUUAUUGAGGCUAGGUAAUACAGAAAAUACUGUUGUUUUCGGCUUGCUCGCAAGCUAAAUGCAGAGGGAGGGUGAUCAUUGAGUGGCUACUCUCCCAGCUCCAUAAAUAACUGUCACUGACUGAGUGAUAUCCAGCCUAUUUCACAUAACUAAAGAUGGCUACAGCGAGCAGCAUUGCCGCAUCUAUUGCGAGCAAGACGAAGACGAAGAAGAAACACUUCGUUGCUCAGAAAGUGAAGCUUUUCCGAGCCAGUGACCCUCUGCUCAGCGUCCUUAUGUGGGGAGUCAACCAUUCGAUCAAUGAGUUGAGCCAUGUUCAGAUCCCUAUCAUGCUGAUGCCUGAUGACUUCAAGGCCUACUCUAAGAUCAAGGUGGACAAUCACCUCUUCAACAAGGAAAACAUGCCGAGCCAUUUCAAGUUUAAGGAGUACUGUCCUCUGGUGUUCCGCAACCUUAGAGAGCGUUUUGGCAUCGACGACCAGGAUUUCCAGAACUCCCUGACCCGUGCGGCUCCGUUAAACAGUGAUUCCCAGGGUCGGAGUGGGGCUCGCUUCCACACCUCCUACGACAAACGCUACGUCAUCAAAACCAUCACCAGUGAGGAUGUGGCUGAGAUGCACAACAUCCUCAAGAAGUACCACCAGUUCAUAGUGGAGUGUCAUGGCAACACGCUGCUGCCUCAGUUCCUGGGGAUGUACCGCCUCACAGUGGACGGAGACGAGACCUACAUGAUCGUCACCAGGAAUGUCUUCUCCCACCGCCUCUCUGUCUACAAAAAAUAUGACCUCAAGGGCUCCACUGUGGCCAGGGAGGCCAGUGACAAGGAGAAGCAGCCACGCCCUCCUGAGGAUGCGCCACCGCGGCCCAAAUCUAACGUUCAGCAAAGGCUGCAAACGCUGCGGAUCGCCACGCGCUUUUACUGCGCCAUGAAACACGUAAGAGACGCCAAGGAGCUGCCCACCUACAAGGACAAUGACUUCAUCAACGAUGGACAGAAGAUCUACAUUGACGAUGACAACAAGAAGAUGUUCCUGGAGAAACUACGUAAAGACGUGGAGUUCCUGGCCCAGUUGAAGCUGAUGGACUACAGUCUGCUGGUGGGGAUCCAUGACGUGGAGCGGGCUGAGCAGGAGGAAGUGGAGAGUGAGGAUAACGAGGGGGAUGAUGAGGGGGAGAGUGACGGAGGGAUUGGCACUCCCCCUGACUCCCCCAGUAACACCCUGGACAGCACCAAGCCCCUGUCUCCGGGGGAGUUUGACCCCACCAUAGACGUCUAUGCCAUCAAGAGCAACGACAGUGCUCCUAGGAAGGAGGUGUACUUCAUGGCGGUCAUUGACAUUCUGCAGCAUUACGAUGCCAAGAAGAAGGCUGCUCAUGCUGCUAAGACUGUCAAACACGGGGCGGGAGCUGAAAUCUCCACGGUAAACCCAGAGCAGUACUCCAAGAGGUUCUACGACUUCAUCACCACCAUUCUCUCAUAGCCCCCAGGGGAAGGGGAGGGGGCACUUGGAGAGAAGGGAUGGGUGAGGGUGGGGGCAUUGCGCUCUAUCUCUCUGUCAGCAAGGGUGUCCCUCUCAGCAGCUAAUACCAUCAUUCGUUUACAUUCAUCAUCUUCUCCUUUGUUACUUUGAUCUGUUACAUUGAACAGGAGAACUGCUAUUCUAGGUUCUAGUCAGUACUUUUUUAUUAGUUUGUUUUGUUUACUUUGGGAAUGUUUUUUUUUUUUUUUUACUGCCUCAACACCACGUCCUCACCCUGCAUUGUUUUUGUUUGUUUGUUGUCCUGCAUUCCUGUUGGGGGGGGGGGGGGGUUAGAAUGAGGAUGAACAGGGCUGUGAUUGGAUAACAAUAGUGCGGUUACUCGGGGGAGAUAGUAUAGAAUGAAGUGCCCCUUGAGGCUUAUCUAAUCGCUCGACUUCAGGAAGUAUGAAGCAGUCUUCCAGUAGGCCUUCAGCCAGACCAUCCAAUCACCAUUUAGUACAGCCCUGCCCCAGCCAAAGCUACUUUCCUGUUUGUCCCAUCAUCCAUCACUUUCCCUUUAGACCCUCCUCCUGGCAGUGGAUGUUACUCCUCCAUUCUCACCUUACACUGCUAUCCUCCUGUCACACACAAUGCUCUCCUCUACCCCUCCCUCGAUAUAAAAGAUAAGUUAAGAUGAGUUGUGUUUAGUAAGACAGGGAGCUGGUCAGUAGAGCUGGGUUUAGUAAGACAGGGAGCUGGUCAGUAGGGCUGGGUUUAGUAAGACGGGGAGCUGAUCAGUAGGGCUGUGUUUAGUAAGACAGGGAGCUGGUCAGUAGAGCUGUGUUUAGUAAGACAGGGAGCUGGUUAGUAGGGCUGUGUUUAGUAAGACGGGGAGCUGGUCAUUAGAGCUGGGUGUAGUAAGACGGGGAGCUGGUCAGUAGGGCUGUGUUUAGUAAGACGGGGAGCUGGUCAGUAGGGCUGUGUUUAGUAAGACGGGUAGCUGGUCAGUAGAGCUGUGUUUAGUAAGACAGGGAGCUGGUCAGUAGGACUGUGUUUAGUAAGACGGGGAGCUGGUCAGUAGAGCUGUGUUUAGUAAGACAGGGAGCUGGUCAGUAGGACUGUGUUUAGUAAGACGGGGAGCUGGUCAGUAGAGCUGUGUUUAGUAAGACAGGGAGCUGGUCAGUAGGACUGUGUUUAGUAAGACGGGGAGCUGGUCAGUAGAGCUGUGUUUAGUAAGACGGGGAGCUGGUCAGUAGGACUGUGUGUGAUUUAUGACAUCACUGACUGAUCUGUUUUGUCUCAUUCUGGAUAGUUACCAGGAAGUGCCAUUAGGAAGUUGGUGUGUGACUUCCUGUGGGACAUGGCAGGGUGGUGGUGUGAUCCUUCAUGGACCUUUGAUCCUGCAUUGCCAUCAGCACCUUAAACAAAUCAUUGCACUUUUAUGUUGUUAAUUAAACAUAGGAUUUUUUGUUCUGUUACAUGUGCUGCAACAAAAGCACUGUUUGAAGCUAUUGAACUGUGCCCCAAGAUUUCUGAUGGGCGUGUAGUAGGGACGAGGGAAAGUGUCUACGCUGGAAUGCACUAGGGAGUAGGAGGGACUAUAGGUGGGUUUGGGACAGGGCCUGAAUGUAGUGAGCAGCAGAGAGAGAGGAGGGGUGUGUUCAGGACAGACAGCCCAGUGUUUACCUCUGGCAUCGUACCAGCCUGAACCAGAGUCUUACCCACAUCUGUCUGUCUCGGGUCUCCAACCCCGGCCCUGAAGAGGUACUGGGUAUGCAGGCUUUUACUCCAGCCCAGCACUAGCACACCUGAUUCAGCUAAUUGUGGUCCAGACUGAAGAUCUUGAUUAGUUGGUUAUUUGAAUCUGUACGUGUAGUUAUUAUGGAUCCCCAUUAGCUGCUGCCAAGGCACCAGCUACUCUUCCUCGGGUCCGGCAAAAUUAAGGCAGUUAUACAAUUUUAAAAACAUUACAAUACAUUCAUAAGAGAUUUAAGAACACACUGUGUGCCCUCAGGCCCCUACUCCACUACCACAUAUCUACCAAACAAAAUCCAUGUGUACGAUUGUGUAUAGUGCGUAUGCAUAUGUCUGCGCCUAUGUUUGUGUUGCUUCAGGUGUGUUAAAUGCUGGGCUGGAACAAAAGCCUGUACACCCAGUAGCUCUCCAGGACCGGAGUUGAAGAACCCUGAGACAUACAAAGAUCUCUACAUAUGGUUCAGGCCUGAAUCGGAUGUGUGUCUCAGGGUUUCAUGAGAGAGAGAAAAGGGGAGGGUGGGGAAGAGGUGCUGGUUUGUAGAAAAUUAUGCUUUUGUUUAAGUGGGGAUGUCAUGCCAACCUGUCAGCCACUCCUUUUAACAUUGUCUGCCUGUUAUUCAGACUUGUUGGUGUUUUUGAAAUGUUGUUUAUCUCUGAAUUUGGCAGGUUUGAAUUGACUUGGUAAAUUUGUAUAUUUUGCACAAAAAGGAACCAAAUGUUAUGCAUACGAUCCUGACUGGUUGCUGUGGUCUUAACAAGGGAAACACAAUAUCAUUAUACCUGUACCAGAACCAUAUACACACUGAGUGUACAAGACAUUAGGAACGCCUACCUAAUAUUGAGUUUCACCCCCUUUUCCAUCAGAACAGACUCAAUUCAUCGGGGCAUGGACUCUACAAGGUGUCGAAAGCGUUCUACAGGGAUGUUGGCCCAUGUUGACUCAGGCUUCCCACAGUUAUCAAGUUGGCCGGAAGUCCUUUUAGUGGGGGACCAUUCUUGAUACACACUGGAAACUGUUGAGCAUUUAAAACCUAGCAGCGUUGCAGUUCUUGACACAAACUGGUGCAUCUGGCACUUACUACCAUACCCCGUUCAAAAGGCACUUCAAUCUUUUGUCUUGCACAUUCACCCUCCGAAUGGCAUACAUGUACAAUCCAUGUAUCAAGGCUUAAAAAUCCUUCAUUAACCUGUCUUCUCCCUUUCAUCAACCCUGAUUUGAAGUGGAUUUAACAGGUGACAUCAAUAAUGGAGCAUAGCGUUCACCUGGAUUCACCUGGUCAGUAUGUUAUGGAAAGAGCAGGUGCUCCUAAUGUUUUGUACACUCAGUGUAUACUGUUUGUCUCUCUCUAUAUAUAUAUAUAUAUAUAUAUAUAUAUAUAUAUAUAUAUAUAUAUAUAUAUAUAUGGCUCUGACUUGUACCAAUUGAGAAGAGUCUGUGGUGUUUUAUCUGUGAUGGGUAACCAACUAAAACCAGUAACAUGUCCUCUACUAUUCUAUCCCAAGCAAAAAGCUUCCAUAUUGUUUUAGAUGCAUAGAUUAUAUUCACAUAUAUUUUUACAUUGCAUUUAAGUCAUUAAAUAUAAUUGUAUUUUAAAGCACCACCCUUUGAGUGAAUGAUAGUGUUGUGUUAUAUGAAGAAUGAUACUGCUUGAAUUUGUACAAUGCUUGUACGUACUGUAAAAACGAAACAAAUGCAUGUUGCAGGAAUACGGUUUCUUCCUCCUAUGUCUUGGCUGUUUAGAUCCAUUGUAGCUCUCCUAGACUUAACCCCAUCUGAGUCUCUCCUUACCAUGCUUUAAACUGUGUUUGUAUCAUAUACACUGUGUAAGAGGUGUGCCUUUAUACUCCAAAAUUAUUUACAUUUUUACCUUUUUUUUACCUUUUUUUUUUAUGAAGUUUAUUUUAAUAAUAGGUUGGUUACUUUGAGAUGUAUCCCCAGUUUUAUUUUCCACUUUUUCUCCCUCCCUGUGUAGUAGGUGUUUUCAAUCUAUUAUUGUUAUGGAGUCAAAUUGACAAUUUUAUUGACUUUCAGUUUUCAAACAAAACUAAAAUGUCAGUCUCUGUUGUGGUAAUUUUAUGGGUAGAACUUAGUCGUUAGGCACUGAUCCAGUUUACCUUCCCCAAAUCCUAACCUUACAAUUUUGGGGGAAACUGCAAAUCUGAACAUAGAUCAGUGUCUGGGGACAACGUCUACCUCCUCCCUGGUGUGGAGAUGGCAUCUGUGCUGAUGUUAACCCUUCGUUCCUCGCUGCUUCUGUCUCAGUAGAGACCUGUUUGUUUGUGUCGUGGCUGUGGUGUGUGUCUGUGACUGUCGUGAUGGUGUUUGUCGUGCUUGUCCUCUGACCGCUUCCUCAAGUUUGAGUGUGUCUGAAAUGGCACCAUAUUCCCCAUAACAGUGCAAUUAUUUUGAGAAGAGCCCACUUAGGGUUAAGGAUUAUGGUUAGAUGGGUUCUGGUUAUAGGUAGUGCACUAUUUAGGGAAUCGGGUGCUAUUUCAGACGCAGUCUACACUCUUAGGAGUCGCUCCCCCCUGUCCACCAUCUUAUGUUAACGUCACUGCAUUGUCACUGCUCACUAAGCCCUAACCUUUUAGGUUAAGGGGAAACGUCUACCUGUUCCACCUCCCACCCACUGGCCAGCUCUCACUUUCCUCACGAACAGGACUCAAAAAGAGGAUACAGCUCUGUUUGGCCUUGUUGGUUUCCUGUAGUCAAGGUGAGCACACUUUGAGAGAAAACAGAGCGUUGUUGUUGCUCUAGGAGGAUGGAGGCUGGAUCCAUAGAGAAUAUGCUGCCAUGUCACAGACUUGGACAAUGACACAUCCUUACCCACUGAGCCCCAGUCCAGUAGGAUAUAGGUGGCUGGUUUUGUCCAUCUUUGGCUGGUCCUUCAACCCUCACCCUCUGUAAAGGCUUCAAUAUCCCCCUACUAAACCUACCAUUUUGCCAAAAGCAAGUUUUCCUAUCUAUGUGCGUUCAUCUACAGUCAAAACGACCCCACAUAUUAGCUUUAACAUAUUGUAAGGUGUACAUGUACUGGUUUGAUUGAAUCUGUCAAUUUUUUAAUGGGAGUGUGUGUGUGUCACAGAUGGGUGUUUAAUGUUCACAGCUGUAGGGACAGACUGGUGUGAGGUUUAUGUGUGGAGUUUUAACUGUUUUGGGAAAUAAGACAUGAUGACUUGGGCUUGACAGAAUCUGCAGGGGCAGAAUUUUCUCAAUUUCUCCUCAAAGGAUUUGAAGUUGAUAAUACUCAUGGAAUCAACUCCAAUAAAACAAAAUAUCGUUACAAAAUAAAUAAGUUGUUUGUUGGAAUUAAUAGGCAGACAGACUAGAUGACUAUAAAGGUUUUGGUGAGAGAUCUUCCCUGCAGAUUGUGUCCUGUCUGUAAUGAUGACCCAGAGUCCUUGCUAACUGUUGCUAAAGUGUUGUGUGUAUUGCUGUCUGCUGGUGGUCAGUGGGAGUAAACUGUUGUGUGCUGUGAGGGAGGCUAACUCAUGUUCUAUGAUGUUUAUUGUUCAACACAAUGAUAAUAAUAAUAAACUCCAUUCCAUAAGCAUUUGCUCAAAUACAAUAAAGCACUUGGUCUGCUAAACUAAA